AUGGCCACGACGCCCUGCUUCACCACGACGCCACCCAAAGUUAUCGAUAACCACGAACGGGUACGCGCAUAUGAAAUCGCCGCAUACCUCUCUGCCGCUUCGUUCCCGUUCCAUAUCCCAGAAGGACCGCCGCCCGAACCAGUCCCUAGCAGCGACAUAACCCUCAAUGCCCUCGUCCAACAUGGCGUGCACAAGAUGGAUUGCGACCGCGCAUUCCUCUCCCUCAUCGAUAACCGAAACCAAUUCAUAUGCGCAGAGAUGACGAGGCAUCAGCCUCUUUCGAGUGCAGACCCAACAGACCCGCUGUUACUGGGUACUUCUCGAAUCGCUCUUGAAUGGGGAGUAUGCCCGUACACAAUGUCCAUCUUCCAUGGCAGACCCGUAUCCAUACCGGACAAUCCCUAUGUCGUCGCCGACAAGUCUUACUUCUAUAUACAAGACUUUCGCCAGAUUCCCACAUUCGCCGAGCGCCCGUUCGUGGCUGGGCAUCCACACAUGGUGUCCUACCUUGAGAUACCGCUAUUUGCAAUGUCUGGACAUAUACUGGGAAGCUAUUGUGUCGUGGACAACAAGGAAAGAGAUUUCCUGCAUCCCAAGUCUUUGAGUACCAUGCGCGAAAUCACCUCGGCCAUCAGUUCAUACCUAGACAUGAGACGCGUCGAAGCCUCCAAAUCGCGAGCAGCGAGUAUGAUGCAAGGUCUUCGCCGUUUUGUAGCUUCGGAUUGGCGCGAUGGAUGCGAUGAGGUCUCAGAAUCUGUUGCUCCUGAACGCUCCGAGGCUCAUACAGAUCCAUUCGACCUCGAUGUCUUUAGUGCUACGACCCAAAGAAAAACCGGUUCGAUACCAUCUGACAGCGCAACGACACGCGUCACUGGCUCAGAUUCCACUCAACCUUCUUCAGUGCACGAACCGGCUGCCAUCAUUUCUUCUCCGCAAGACGCUCAUUCGAAAGCCCAUAAGCCUGACUUGUCCACUCAAUUUGAAAAUCUCUUUGUGAGAGCUGCAGAGAAUAUUGGUCAUGCCAUGGAUCUGGACGGCCUGGUCUUCUUUGAUACUGUUUCAACUGGCAAACACAGAGGUGGCCAGUCAAAAGAUACAGUCACAGAUGAGACCUCGUUAUCGCCAAACGAUUCCGUUGCGACACCGCUUUCCUGCUACCAAAGAGACGUUGCAGUAAGCCAGCAGUCAAGUUUGAAACUGUCUCAGUCGCUCAUCCAACGCUUGACAGCUAGAUAUAUCCGAGGGCACGUUUUCGCUGUAGAUGAACAAGGGGUUAUCCAACAUGGAGGUGACGGCGAGCCAGGCUCUAGUCCCGAUUCUCUUGAGGAUAGCGAAUGGACUGAUCUCUUCAAGUCUUUGCCAAAGACGCGGUAUGCGAUAUUUUUGCCCAUGUGGCAUUAUCAGAGAGAAGCCUGUUAUGCUACGUGCCUAGCGUGGGUAUCCGACACGGGAAAAACGCUCGAUACUGGCGAUAUCAACUCGUUGACAGCCUUUGGAAACUCACUUAUGGCCGAGAUAUUUCGAUUGGAGGCGUCCGCAAACACGCUAUCCAAGUCGGACUUUGUUUCAACAAUUAGCCACGAGCUGCGUAGUCCGUUACAUGGCAUCCUGGCGAGUAUUGAGCUGAUCCAAGAAAACUCGCAGGGAUCGAACUUGAUGCCGGAGAUUACUAUGAUCGAAUCAUGUGCCUCUACUCUCCUCGAUACCUUCGAUCAUCUCUUAGAAUAUUCCAAGGUUAAUAGCCGUGCCAGCGUUGGGGAAAGAGACAAAGGUCGUUCCGUUCGUUCCGGUACUCACGUGCACAAUGACGCAGUGGCUGUCGACUUGGCGUCUAUGGUUGAAGAUGUCGUUGAGACGGUCUCAGUGGGCCAUGAUCAUUCUUCGCGACUCGUGUCCGGCCUCAAAAAGGAGCGUCAAGACAUGCUAGCUGAGCCGCGAGUAACGACGCUAACCGAGCCCGUCGUCCUCACCACACACAUCGAAGGAGACCGUGAUUGGAAUGUGAUUAUUGAGAAGGGCGCCUGGAAACGAAUUCUGCUCAACGUCGUUAGCAACGCUUUGAAGUAUACCAGGUCCGGCUACAUCCAUGUAGACUUAAGAUAUGUGGAGGCUGCAGACGACGUGCAGUCUGCGAAUGGCAGACAGGCUUACAUCAGCCUAUCCGUGACGGACACCGGAGUGGGUAUGAGUGAGGAUUUUCUCAAAUAUCACCUCUUCACGCCCUUCACACAAGAGAACGUAUUGAGUCCAGGGACUGGCCUAGGAUUGAGCUUAGUGAAAAGCAUUGUAGAAUCACUACAGGGCAAGAUUUUAGUCUCCAGUCGCUUGGAAGAAGGGACGAAGAUUACCAUUAACAUUCCAGCUAACCAAAAGAUACAAAAGCAGAACGUGUCAAGCACGCGGGGAAGUCCUCUGUGCGGAAAGACGGUCGGUCUACUCAGCCUGUCCUCGCAUGAGAAGCCAGGCAACCAAUCCGCUCCAUGUAUCGUUUCGCCUCCCGAAGCGCUCGAGCGAUCAAUUCGUAAUAUUUGUGAGGGUCGCUUUGGCAUGAGCGUCAUCAAUAUUUCGACAAGCGCACUUUCAGCCAUGGAUAUAGUCCUCGUCGACGCGCAUGCGCUGGACUCAAUGCACGCCUACGAUUUGAGAACUCUGCUGCCUGUGUAUGCGGCAAGCAUCUGCCCAAUCGUGGUCGAACUGGGCAACACCAACGGCACAUCUCAUAAGGUCGGCUCCUGGAGACCCAUGCACACAAUGCUAGUCACGGGAAAGUCGCUCGGAUCUGCGCUAAUAUCAGCUCUGGAGGAUGCGAACGCCAAUGGAAUGCCGCCUGCAGAAAUCGAAACCAAACCGGAGACAGACUCAACGGAGCAACUAGAUCAAUACCACACUGCCAAAAAAGCAGUCCCGCACAUAGAGACCGUGACACUUCCGCACCAUGGCCUGCCGUUGCAGAAUAAGCCCCCAUUCGACGCUACGACAAAUCCUGCUCCACAAUCACAAUCACUAGUACAAGCAGCUGUCCUUCUCAAGCCUAAUUCUGCUUGCAGAUUUCACCGCCUACUUCUUGUAGACGAUAAUCCCAUAAAUCUUAAGAUGCUAUGCGCCUUUGCCAAACGCCUCAACGUUCCCUACUCCAGCGCUACCGACGGCGAAGAAGCAGUGCGCCUCUACCAAGCCGCCGCCGAACAAGAAGACCCACAAAUGAGCUAUGAUUGCAUCUUCAUGGACAUCAGCAUGCCAGUCAUGGAUGGUUUUCAGGCAGUAUCCAAGAUUCGGAGAAUCGAAGACGAGUUGAUAAAGAAGAUUGCCCAGUCACAGUCCAAUGAUGCAUCUAAGCAUAAUUUAGAUGGCGCUGCCGGAGACGGCGGAGGUGCGCGAGCGUACAUCUUUGCACUCACGGGUCUCGGUAGUGAGAAGGCGCGCAAGCAAGCAAGGAGUAGUGGAUUUGAUGAGUUUUUACUUAAGCCCGUGAGGUUCAAGGACGUUUUACCGAUGUUGGCAUCGGUGCCGACGUCAUAA